UCUAUGGCAUAUUAUACCUCGCUGAUUUCCCUCCCUUCUCCAAACACGUCUACCGCCCUCUGGCUCCAACCCCAAAUGUCCAGGUAUUUUCCAGGCUGGAGUUGGCAACCUCAGUUUCUUCCAGAUCUGAGGAAGGAGGAAAGAUCCCUGCAAAGGUAUUUUCCUCCUCCUCCAUCACCACCACCACCUUUUUCCUCUCUUUUUUGGCAAAGUCUCUUUUUCACAGGUUUUUCCCGAAGGGGUGGGAGGGAAAGAAGUCCUUCCCCUUCCAGUCUUAGAAAAUCCCUAACCCACUGAGUUCUCAAUUUUAGAUAACUUUCUGUAUAGGGUGAAAGGUAACCUUCUUCCCACGUGGAGUCACCAGGGCGAAAGCUGACUCCAAUGAGCAACUUGUCUUUUGACAUUCUUUUUGGUGCCUCGGUCAGGUCACUUUUUAUUUCAUAUACUUUAAAAUUUCUGCGAGACCACCUGUCUGUGGAAAGGGCUGCCCGAGGAGCCAACAGUGAAAAUGGAAGGGCGUGAUCCAGCAGGCCCCACAACAGGGCCAGGAUUCCACAGUGAGGGGAAAAGCUUGCAUUCCAACCAAACUGAGCAUAUCCGAGAAUUCUUGCAAAGACUCCCUGUCAGUCAAGUUAAGCAAGAACCAGAUGAGGGUCUUCUUCAGCACUGGGAGAUCCAGUGGCAGGAAUUCCUGAAGACGAUAGAGUCUCCUCAUUCAGACUGGGGGUUUCUACAGUUGCCAGAAGAGCCGUCCCACUGGGAUGAUGCCAAGGGUUUUCUGGCCUCUUUUGAGCAAGUGGCCAAAGCCUGCCAGUGGCCUAAGGAAGAGUGGGCUACCCGACUCCUGCCAGCAUUGAGUGGAGAAGCCAAGCAGGUCUUUAACAGACUGCCAGCCCCAGACAGACAGGAUUAUGGGAAAGUGAAGGCAGCCAUCUUGAAGGGGGAUGUCAUACAUCGGGAGAAGCUGCGCCAGCAUUUCCGAAGUUUCUGUUACCAAAAGGCCGAGGGGCCAAGAGGGACUUAUUGCAGGCUUCGGGAGCUUUGCAGUCAAUGGCUGAAAGUUGAGAGGCACACCAAGGAGCAGAUCCUAGAACUGCUGAUUCUGGAGCAGUUCCUGACUGUCCUUCCCCCAGAGGUUCAGAACUGGGUAAAGGAGCUGGGCCCUGAGAGCAGUGCCCAAGCCAUAACCUUGACUGAAGAGUUCUUGCAGAUGCAGCAAGAGGCCAAGAGGCAGGAAAAACAGGUGCUGAUGCCAUUAGGGGUGGUGGCUAUGAGUUUCUCAGAGCCCGAGAAAGCUCCAUCAGGCAUUGAGGACUGGCCGUGCACUGAGAACAAGGAUGAAGAUGAUGGAAAUGCCCAUGUGCCAGGCCAAGGGUGGCAGACCAUAAAUCAGGGAGAGAAAUCUGCGCUAGAAAAUCCAGAGAGGGCUGGAUUAUUUGGAACACCUACAGAAAAUGCAGAUGAAACUGGCCCUCUGUGUAGUGAUCAAGAAAGUACCCUCCAUGAUCAGCCAAGAGUACAGUUUCAGCAAGAAGCACACCCAGGGGAGAUCAUGGAUAGAUCUACAUCUUAUGGAGGGGCAUACAUGGAUCAGGGAGGAGUGACAUUCCAGCAGAGGAUCCAUACCAACAAGAGACACAGUGCCUAUGCUGCUUAUGGGAAGAGCUUCAGCCACAGCGGGAGUUCCAUGAAAUACAAGCGCAUGCGCAAGAGGGGAAAGCCCCACAAGUGUUUGGUGUGUGGGAAGUGCUUCCUUUACAGCUCUGGCCUCGCCACUCAUCAGCGCAUCCACACUGGAGAGAAGCCAUACAAGUGCUCAGAGUGUGGGAAGACCUUCAUCUGCAGCUCGGACCGUAACCGCCAUCAAAGGACUCACACAGAAGAGAAACCGUAUGAGUGUACUGACUGUGGGAAAAGCUUCCGGCAGCGGUUCAGCCUCAGCAGACAUCGCAGAGUCCAUACUGGCGAGAAACCCUACAUUGCAUCCUCUGAACAUGGGGAAAGCUCUGUCAUGAGCUGACACUUUGUCAAUGUUCUCACAGAACUGAAUCAAUUUGAGUGAAUGAGCAAAUGGGGGAAAGUAUUCAGAAUGUUAAUAGAGAGGAAAAGGAACAAGAUGUUUGUUCGGUCUUGCUUAGAAUUUGGGCCAGACUGGAUAAAAGCUUUUGUCAACUGAAGAUGCUAAAGACAGAAUCUGUUCAUGCUUGGUCAUAAAAAUCAGGAUAGCCCUUGUAAAUUUGGGAUGUGUAUUUGGGGACAGCCCCAGCAAGCUCAGGCCAUGCAGUGCAGGAUAAUGAUAUAGCUUUCCACUGUGAUGGGAAUAAGACCCAUAGCUCUUUGAAAUGUGUUAAGUUUUCAAGUGUACUGUGGGUGGAGGGUGGAUGUCUGCAAAACAAUAGGUUUUGGGUUGUGCUAAUUUCAUCUCUUUAAAAAAUAACAAUUCCUACUGAAAUUACAUAUUGUUUUCUUUGCUUAA